AACGUUAAAAGUUUUAGCUAAAAGCUCCCUCCGACACCGUUUGGGCUCCUGAUCUAGACACCACUGUUUAUGGCGCCCGCCGGCGUGUCCUCAUACAGAGAUCGGACGGCGGAAUUUCGAUCUCUGUCGGAAAGACUGAAGAAGAUCAAUGGAGUCCCUGCCAUUGAUCAAGCAGAAAAUGAUCAAGCAGUGUCGACCCCGCCGUCUGCAGUUGCGUCUCAAUCCCGAUCAGAAUUCAACAAGAAGGCUGCCCGAAUCGGGUUGGGUAUCCAUGAAACCACUCAGAAGAUUGCAAGGAUCGCCAAAUUGGCCAAAAAGUCUUCGAUGUUCGAUGAUCCGAUAGUGGAAAUACAGGAACUGACUGCACUUGUAAAAGAUGACAUUACGGCACUGAAUGUGGCUCUUUCAGAUUUGCAAACUCUUCAAAACAUGGAGUUAGCUGAUGGUAAUUAUUCUGAAGAUAGACUUGUUCAUUCAACUACAGUUUGUGAUGACUUGAAGAACAAACUUAUGGGGGCUACAAAACAGCUUCAGGAUGUAUUAACCACUAGAACAGAGAAUAUCAAGGCUCAUGAGAGCAGGAAACAGAUAUUUUCCACAAAUACAUCAAGAGGGAACCCUUUUUGGCAUAAUUCAAAGACUGUGACCGAACCACCCCCGUGGUCAAGUUCAUCUACUGCAGCUGGGAGUCCACAACCCUUGGGAUUGCCAUCUAAAGGAGUCCAAGUAAUCAACCAGCUCAGACGAAGAUCAGCUGUGGACAACUCUCCAUCCAACAAUAUGGAAAUGUCCAUGUUGCAGCAAGUGGUUCCACGGCAGCAGAAUAAUACACAAAGUAGGGCAGUUGCUCUUCAGAAUGUAGAGUCUACAAUUUCAGAACUCGGUGGGAUCUUUACCCACUUAGCUACAAUGGUUGCACAACAAGGAGAAUUAGCCAUCAGGAUUGAUGACAACAUGGAUGAAUCAUUAGCAAAUGUUGAAGGUGCUCGCAGUGCUUUAUUAAGGCAUUUAAACCAAAUAUCAUCAAACAGGUCACUCUUAAUCAAGAUAUUUGCUGUUUUGAUACUUUUCCUGUUAGUGUUCAUCUUUUUCGUGGUUUAAUAUGUAGUUACAGAAUGCCAACAAUCAAAUUGUCACUAUUUGCUGCAAUGAGUGCUCAGUUUUCCUUCCUUUCAUCUUUAGCUUAGUCAUCAACUAUAUUUGAGACCUUCACGGGGGAGUAUCAUUAUUCUGUAAAUUUGAUUUGUAUUUCCAUUUUUUGGAAUUUUUUUUGCUGCAACUUGUUGAUGCUUCUAGCUUUCUUUACAGGAGCAUGUUAACAGAAUUUUCUUGUUUAUUAGAACAGAAAUAUCAUCAUGAGCUGUGAUCAUUUUAGAAGAAAUUUCUGUAUAUGGAAUGGAAAGUACUAAUUGUAUUGUUGACUACUUGAAAAAUGAUAUGGAGAUAUGAAAUAUUGUACUGGCUGACUUCAAA